AUGUCAUUCAAUUUCUCGAACUUUACUCAAGACUUGAAGAACUUGGGUGAUAAAUUUAGUAAUGAUUUUAAUAAUGAAUUCUUACCUUUAGCUCAAAGAACCUCGCGUAUGGUUCAAGAGAGAAUGGGCAAGGUCAAUGUGGAUGACAUAAGUCAGCUACCAUCAGAGUACGUGGAAUUAGCAGAGAAGUGCAAUAACAUAGAAAAAUUAUACAAGAAUGUAUUAAAGGUUACUACAAACUAUGAAAAUGAAAGCUACGACUACCCAACUAAUUUGCAAGAAUCGUUUACAGAAUUUGGUAAGAAUUUCGGCAAUAGAGUUUCCAAUUUAUCAAAGGCUACUACACCAGCUGAGGCACAGGCAGCCUUAAUCAACCCGACAACGGGGGAAUUCAAGCCUCCAAAAACUUUGUACCACGCCUUAUCUAGAGCAACAGAUGGGUCAAUUUUAACAACCGGGGAACAAAAUAAUGACCCAUUGAUCAAGGGAUUGGAUUUGUAUUCAUCUAAUUUGAAUAAAAUUGGUAAUGCAAGAUUGGGCCAAGAUCAAUUGAUUAAAUCGAAAUUCAACAAACCACUUACUGCAACAUUACGCCAGUUGAUUUCUCAAAGCAAUAAUAUCCAAAAGAAGGUUGAUCAAAAGAGAAUUGAUUAUGACUUGUCCCGUAUGAACUUGACCAACUGCUCAAAUCCUUCAAAAGAACCUAACUUGCGUGUUAUUAUGGAAAAUGCGGAAGACGAAUUUGCCAACACGGUGGAAGAUGCUAUCAACAUCUUGCAAAAUGUGCUAGAAAAUUCUAAACCGUUAGAAGAAUUCCUCGAAUUAGUCAAAGCUCAAUUGGCAUACCACAAAUUAGCUACUGAAUUAUUAGGGGGAAUGGUUGGUGAAAUGGAAGGAUUUAUUGACGAAAAUGCCAAGCUGUCAGGUGGAGCUAAUAAUAGUCGUGAAUCUGGCGAUUUUGAUAUUUAA